AUGAAGAGCUCUUAAUCAGUAGAUUAAAGCCCUUUUAUUGAUUCUUUUGAUUGUGCUAGUCGUUCAACCUUAAAACGAUGACUUCAAAGGACCCGAAUGCAUCAAAUAGUGCCCUGCUUUAUUUGAUUUAUCAGCAUUUAAAGGAGAAUGGUUACCAGAAGGCUGCAAACGUGCUGAAAAAACAUGUAACUCAGAUGGAAACACCAGGAGAUAUCACCUCUUUACAUGACAUCUACACAAGUUGGACCAAGGUCUCAGAAAUCGGACAAAAUCCAAAACAAGAGCCUGAAGUGGAUUCCACCACCCUGAAGAAGAUUAAGGCCGAUCCAUCAACCAAAGAAGAAGAUGUGGACUCAAAACCAAUUGAUUCUCUACCUCCUGCCCCCCACACACCCCAGGCUGCGGAUGCAGAAACCCCCCAGGCUGCAACCCCAGAGAAUGAGGAGCCGGUCCCACAGGAUGAGUUGCCAUCUACUCCAGUCAGUAACGGGACAGUGGAAACAUCAGCCCCUGUACCAGCGGUCACCCCUUUAAAACCAGCAGAGAGCUCAGACAGUGACUCUGAGAGCAAGGAGGAGAUUCCCCUCACACAGGGAGCUACUGUCACCCCAAAGGCCUCUUCAGCUGUCCCUACCACCACGCCCUCAAAACAUGUAGACAGUAACAGCGAAUCAGACAGUGAGAAUGAGAUUCCUCCAUCACAGACUGUUGUCAUUCCCAGUAAGGCCUCAGCUCCCAGUAAGACUCCAGCCAACCCCACAGCUCCCAGUAAGACUCCAGCCAACCCCACAGCUCCCAGUAAGACUCCAGCCAACCCUACAGCUCCCAGUAAAGCAGAGAGUUCAGACAGUGACACCUCAGACAGUGAAGAGGAGGUUACUGUCAAGAAACUAACAUCUAAAGCUGCUCUUGUGAAACCAGCCAAGGCGCACCCAGCAGCCCCAGUGAAGCCCAGUGUAGUCACCCCCAGUCAGGCUAAAGCUGCUCCCAAGACUCCUGCUGCAGAGAAGAAAGCACAGAGCUCUGACAGUGACAGCUCGGACUCAGACACUGAGGAGGAGGCUCCUAAAAAGAAACCUGUGGCGACACCCAAAGCCAAGCCUGUGGCUGCAACUCUGGUCAAGGCAGAAGCAGUGAAAUCCACCCCUAUUAAAAAACCAACAAACAGCUCAGACAGUGACAAUGAUGACACUGAGGAGGAGGCUCCUGUAAAGAAAUCAACACAGACACCGAAAGCUGCUCCUGUGAAACCAGCCAAGGCGCGCCCAGCAGCACCAGUGAAGCCCAAUGUAGUCACCCCCAGUCAGGCUAAAGCUGCUCCCAAGACUCCUGCUCCCAAGACUCCUGCUGCAGAGAAGAAAGCACAGAGCUCUGACAGCGACAGCUCCGACUCAAACAGUGAAGAUGAGUUAUUUAUAAAGGAAGCAACACUGAUUGACAAUAAAGCCAAGGCGUGCCCAGCAGCCCCAGUGAAGCCCAGUGUAGUCACCCCCAGUCAGGCUAAAGCUGCUCCCAAGACUCCUGCUGCAGAGAAGAAAGCACAGAGCUCUGACAGCGACAGCUCGGACUCAGACAGUGAGGAGGAGUUAACUGUAAAGAAAUCAACACAGACCCUGAAAGCUGCUGCUUUGAAACAAGCCAAGGCGAUCCCAGCAGCCCCAAUAAAGCCCAGUGUAGUCACCCCCAGUCAGGCUAAAGCUGCUCCCAAGACUCCUGCUGCAGAGAAGAAAGCACAGAGCUCUGACAGUGACAGCUCAGACUCAGACACUGAGGAAGAGGUUCCUAAGACCAAGCCGGGGGCAGCUGCUCCAGUCAAGGCUGUAGCAGUGAAAUCACCAGAACCAGUGAAGUCCAGCAAACUAGCUAUCACUCCCUCAAAACCAGCAGAGAGCUCAGAGAGUGACAGCAGUGAGGAUGACAUUUCUUUCACACAGACUCCUGUUAAAGUCAUAGAGGCAGCUCCCAGUAAGGCCUCAGCUCCCAGUAAGACUCCACCCACCCCUACAGCUCCCAGUAAAGCAGAGAGUUCAGACAGUGACACCUCAGACAGUGAAGAGGAGUUUACUGUCAAGAAACCUGCACUGACACCCAAAGCUGCUCAUGUGAAAACAGCCAAGGUGCGCCCAGCAGCCUCAGUGAAACCCAGUGUAGUCACCCCCAGUCAGGCUAAAGCUGCUCCCAAGACUCCUGCUGCAGGGAAGAAAGCACAGAGCUCUGACAGUGACAGCUCAGACUCAGACAGUGAGGAGGAGGCUCCUGUAAAGAAAACCACCCCAGCCUCAACCCCAAGCAAGGCCAAAGCCACUCCUAAGACCCCAGCUGCAGCUGCUAAGAUGGAGACUGACAGCUCCGACUCCUCUGACAGUGAGGAUGAGGCUCCAGCCAAGCAGGCCCCUGCCAAGCCCACCCCCAGCCCGGCUAAAACCACACCCAAGGCCCCUGCUGCAGCUAAGAAGGCCGACAGCUCGGACAGUGAUGAGUCUGACUCUGAGGAGGGCAAGCCAGCUAAAAAGGUCACUGUUAUCGCCGUAGCCAAACCUUCAACUCCAGUACAGGAGGAGGACAAAGAUUCCUCAGACAGUGAGGAUGAAGAAACACCAUUGAAACCAGAAUCCACACCAUCUGAGACAGCUGUCACUCAAACCCAGGCAACGCCUCCUGCUGGCAAGGAGGGAGGUACAGAGGAACACAGUCCAGCAGAGGAAGUUGAAGCUGCUCCAGUCAUACCUACAACUGAAGCAGCAGCUGAGGACAACAGCAGUGAUGAUCCAACCGAUAUUGAAGGAUCUCCUCCUGAAGUCCCUGAGGUGGACACACCCCCUGCCUCUGGGCCAGAGAGUGCAAAGGAGGAGGAGGUCCCAGAGAGUCCCCAGAAGGUCCUAAAGACAGACACUUCAGAGAAGCCCAAGACAGAGGAUCAGAUAGUGACCUCUACAACAUCAGAGGACAAGAGUGACACCCCUGAACUCCCGUCAGAAGCCCCUGCUACGGCUGCUGAGAUCAGAACUGCUUUAGAAGAGGAAUCAAAGGAGUGUGUUGACCCAGUUAUCCCCAAUUCAGCAUCUGAAGACUUGGAGCCUGAAAAAGUGACCAUUGAGACAGUUGCUGAGACAAUCCCCACAGAGACAGAGGAACCACCCACAGAGGAACCACCCACUGAUACCCCAACACCUGGAUCAAAGAGGAAGAGGAGUAAAGAGACAACGGACGCAACUCCCAAGAAGAAGAAGAUGAAGAAGAAGAAGAAGGGGGAGGUUGAAGAGAAUGGGCAGCCUGCAGUAGAGGAGGAUGGUGGUGAGUCCAGUCUGGACACAAAGCGGUUGGAGCUGACUCCAUCAGACAAGGUGGAUACCACCCCGGCUUCAGAGUCUGGCUCCACCACUCUUGUUCUGUCAGCAAAGUCCCUCAAGAAAAGGAAAAGAAAGAGGGUGAAGAAAAGAAGAGGGGCGAAGGCCGAGAGGGAGUCACCGGAAGAGGACAAAAAAACAGACUUCGUCCCAAAAAAUAAAAAAAUAAAAAAGAGCAAGAAAAACACAGCAGCCACCCUGACACCACCAACCAACAACCAGACCAAGGAAACUCCAAAGACCACAGCUGCUAAGAGGCCUCUUCCUCCCACCCUUGAGCCGGAAGAGCUAGAGACUCCCAAAAAGAAGAAGAAGAAGAAAGUCGCAGAGAAAGGGAGCGCUGUGAAGGAAAAUACAACUCCAGGCAUUGAAAUAAAGAAGAGAAAGAAGAAGGCUGCUAAAGCUGAAAACACUGUGAAAGACUCUGCAAUCUCAACUCCUGAACCGAGCCUUACACCAGAGACCCCAAAAAACAAAAAGAAGAAAAACAAGCUGACAGAGAAAAAGGGGAAAAUGAAAACUGCAUUGAAAACACCGGUAAAAGCCUCAACAGGACCUUUGCCUAACACAGAAGUGACUAAGAAAAAUAAGUCCCCCAAAAAGAAGUAAUCCAAUGGUGAAAUUUCAGGAGAUGGUGGAUUUCUUCUCCAGGGAAUGAAGUGGAGCUGCUGACGUCAAUCAGAAGACAAUCACACUGGUGCCUGAGGUUUCAACCAAAAGGGGAAACUGGAGUUCUGGCCUGUACAUGUACUUAAGGUUCUACACAUGUAUUUUAGGGGAACAUCUGUAUUGUGUUACUAACAACACAAUCUAUGUUUUAACCAUAUAUUCUAUAAGCUUGCUAAACCAGGCAUGUAUUGACAUGAAAAAGGCAAAAUACUCAUACCAUUCUAUUUGAAGUGUUGAAUAAACGGGACACAGAAAUUAACACAUUUGCACAGCCUGAUGGAACGUAAACCCAUCUUCAGUGUAUUUGCCAAGUCUUAACUAAUGAUAAAACAAUCGUUGGGCAUUAAUAUGUCCUUGGUCUAGCAUUGCUGUCUAGAUAAUGUUGUAGGGUGUAGUACUCUUGCAUGUUGUGGGUUUUAAUUUCUGUUCUUUAAGCUGUGAACACUUCCACAUAAUUGUGUGUAAGGUAAGGGAUUGUUAGGACUCUGGGAACACUUGUAGCAAAUGUCACUCCAAAUACUGUACUAUGCACCUCACAAAUCCUAUUGCUGAGCCCAUAGCCUUGUGUUUUAGCACUUAUUUUAGACCCAUACACCUAUGCAGAGGAAGGUUCUGGAGGACCAGAGGAGGAUAGCUGAUCUGACUGACUCAGAGAAUUUGCUGAACUCCCAUGUUUACAAACCUGUUUUUCUGUCACAUUCUUGUGAAAACAAACUUUUCUUCCAUUUGUCAUUUCUGAUUGUUCAUUGUUAUCAAUAAAAAUGGUUUAAUC